UAGGGACAAAGAAAAGGAGAAGCAUGUGCAGGCAGUUAUCCAAAAGUGGUUCGGGAAAGUUCUUAAGCGACACGUGCUAGGUUCGGGGUCUCUCUCACGAGCCAAACGCGACCAUGCUUUUGCCACGUAAUCCAAUUAAGUAAAAAUAUCUCAGCCUUAUUUUAUUCGUCGAAAUAUCUAGACAGAAUGCUAUACUAUAAAUAACUACUACUGCCAUUGCUUCCAGAGAUUUCCCGAUUCCUCUUUCAUAUCUUCUUCUUCUUCUUCAUUAAUCUAACAAAAGGAUCACAGCCAGCCAGAGAAACAAGUUUAUUGAUCCAAGUCUUCUUUCAUCCGCUAACAUCAGGGAAAGUGUUUACAGAAACAAGAAGAAUGGCUCUACUAGAUCAAGUAUAUAAUAAUAAUAAUUCCAGUUCACUGCCGGUGGAUUACACUAGGAAAAGGAAAUAUAGAAGUAGACGUGAUGGGCGAAAUGUAGCAGAGACAUUAGCUAGAUGGAAAGAACACAACGAGAAACUUGAUGAUGGGGACAAUCCAACUCGCAAAGUUCCAGCCAAGGGAUCUAAGAAAGGAUGCAUGAAAGGAAAAGGGGGUCCUGAAAACGGUAGAUGCAACUACAGAGGGGUUAGGCAGAGAACAUGGGGGAAAUGGGUAGCUGAAAUCCGGGAACCAAACAGGGGAAGUAGACUCUGGCUUGGAACUUUCGACACUGCUGUUCAAGCUGCUCUUACUUAUGAUGAUGCAGCUAGAUCCCUUUUUGGACCUUGUGCUCGUCUCAAUUUUCCUAACGACUUACCCUCGAACCCAACUACGUCUGGUUCUGAUUACACUGCCGGGGCCUCUUCUAGCGUUUCGGAUGGUUGUAGCAAGUCUGAGAUAAAAAGGGAAGCGGUUGAGUGGGAAAAGCUCCAGACGGCAGAGGUAGAUGGGGCAGAGUGUAGUAAUAAGGGGACGGAAGAGAUGUUUGAUGUGGAAGAGCUUAUGCAUCUUCUUGAGAAUGAUAGUAAUGGGAAUGUAUCAGAUGAGAAAGGUGGACAGGGAUUAAGCAAUUUGAAUAUGGAAUCAGUUGGACAGGCUUGGAAUUUGUGUGAUCAUCAGAAGGAGGGGAGUCUGCAGCACAUGAACAUGGACAAUGGUGGUCUGGAUUUCUUGGAUCCGUUCAGACCGGAAGACAACAAUUUCAUGUUACAAGAGUUGGGAUAUCUUGACAUGGAGUGAAAGAUUUAGUCCAAGACCAUUUUGUUGUUGUUGUUUGUAAUUGAUAUAGUGGGGCUGUCUUGUUAUUAACAUUCGUUUGCUUUGAAGCUUAGAAUUACAAUGUACGUGGACUUGUAAUUAUCCUCUUAGGUUUUAGAUUUUAGAGGAUUUUAAAGUAGCUGAUGAAGAUGGAUCCGAGCAAUUUUUUUGUAAUAAUGAGUGGAGUGGAGUGGAGUGGUGGGGGAGUGAGUAUAUGCUUGUUUUUAUAUUCUCAUUACUGCCAUGCCAUGCCACCACUAAACCUAGAGGACCACAACAUCAAAAUAAUCUGAUGCUAUUCUCCAAUCUUAAAUAUGUAAUAAGUCAACUUUGUUACUUUGUGUAUA